GAUCUCCACCGCAGUUCUACCGCAACAGGUAAACCACCGCAAACCAUUUAAACGCUGCACAGGACGGGACGAGCAGUAGCACCUACCGGACACUGUCGCUGCUGACCUUUUGUGUUUUAUUUGAACCUUUUCCUGGAAGAUGUCUGAGAGCUAGCCAGCUGAGUAGAGGACUUCCCUCUCUGCCCGCGCUCUCCACCUGCAGCCAUGAAUGGCGGAGCCAGUGUGUGGGCCAUCACUCCAGAGGAGAGGGGGAAACACGACAAGCAGUUUGACAGCCUUGCCCCCGUCCUCGGCUAUGUCUCAGGAGAACAAGCCAGGAAAUUCUUCCUCCAGUCCGGCCUGCCUCCUUCUGUCCUGGCAGAGAUCUGGAACCUAGCUGACAUGGACAGCGAUGGGAAGAUGGACAGACUGGAGUUCUCCAUCGCCAUGAAACUCAUUAAACUCAAACUUCAGGGGCGGAACUUACCCUCUUCCCUGCCCGUCAUCAUGAAGCAAUCUCCCGUCUCCAAUUCUGCUUCAACCAUCCCUUCAUCAGCACGCUUCGGAAUGGGUUCUAUGCCAAACCUGUCAGUCGGUCUGUCAUCCAUGUCAGCUAUGUCAGCCAUGCCCAUCCUAACACCCAUCCCGGUUAACCCCCACAUGCACCCUGUGCAACCCCUGGUGCCAAUGCCAAUGACUCUGCCCCUCAUCACCUCCUUGGGAAACUCUGGACUCCCCAACGGCAAUGUCAACCUCCUCACCUCACCUCUUGUUCCCAACAAUGCAGCGCUCCCCCUCUCUGGCUUCUCCUCUCCUAUGACGUUCUCUCCAUCGACUGGGAUGUCAAAGGCAAACUCUCUUCUUGAUCUUGCAUCCAGCAGUUCAAAUUCUUCCUCCACCACGUCGCUGGCCAGUAACUCUCCGAAGACGGGUGCGAGCGAUUGGGCCGUUCCACAGGCCUCGAGACUUAAGUACCGUCAGCAGUUCAACACGCUAGAUAAGCUCAUGAGUGGCUACUUGUCAGGACCUCAAGUUAGAAAUGCGCUGAUAGCGUCCAACCUGACCCACACUCAGCUAGCUACCAUCUGGAACUUGGCAGAUGUGGAUAAGGACGGUCAGUUACAAGGGGAUGAGUUCAUCCUGGCCAUGCACCUGGUGGACAUGGCUAAAACUGGCAGACCCUUACCACUCACACUGCCUCAAGACCUGGUACCUCCCUCUCUCAGAGGAGGAAUCAAGUCCAGUGAGCUUGUUAAUGGAACGGGGCCCUACAUAACUCCCUGUUUAAUAGACACAACAGAGAUAGAGCCUGCACAGAAGACCAAGAGCAGUGUGUCCUUUGAGGACAAGCUGAAAGAGAACUUUGCACGGGGCAGCGCCGAGCUGGAGAAACGGCGACUGGCUCUGGAGGAACUGCAGAGGAAGGAGAGGGAGAGGAGAGAAAGGGAGGAGAGGGAGGCUCAUGAAAGGAGGGAGAGGGAGGCCAGGGAGCAGGAAAACCGUAGGAGGCUGGAGGAGGACAGGCGGUUGGAGAGGCAGAGAGAGAUGGAGAGACAGAGGGAGGAGGAGAGGAUGAGAGAGCUGGAGAGGAAGGAGGCGGCAAAGCAGGAGAUGGAGCGCCAGCGGAGGGAGGAGUGGGAGCGUGGGAAGAAAGAGGAGCUGGGCAGGAGGAGAGAGGGGGAGCAGGAUGAGAUCUCCCGACUCAGGGCCAAAAAGAAGAGUCUAGAGUUGGAGCUGGAGGCUGUGGGCAACAAGCACAAGCAGAUCUCAGACCGUCUCCGUGACGCUCAGAGCAAGAGGCGGAUUCUGAAGGCAGAGGUGGAACUCGUCAAUCAGAAAAGGGACACGCGUAUCACAGAGAUCAACUCGCUGCAGCUUCAGUUUGAGGACUGGCAAAGGAAGCUCUCACAGCUGGUACCAGAACAACACAGACUGACAGAGAAGCUGCAAAACAUCAGCCUCAACAAACUUUCCUCGGUGGCUUUGACCUCUCUGACCGGGAGUGUGACAGAGAAAGGUGUGAACUGCCGGAGGCUAAAGGACCAGCUUGACACUCUGGAGAGGGAGACCACAGACAAACUGGCCCAGAUGGAGCAGUACAACAAGGAGCUUAAGCUUGGGGAUAUGGAUGACUGUGUCCUGCGAGGCCUUCUGUCUCUGCUGGCCUGCCUCAGCCAGCUCUUCCUUCUCAUCAAGGAGCUGAGGGAGAAGCAGGUGAGGCAGCAGGCAGUCCUGGACGACCUGUACAAAGUCAAAGAGGAGAAACUGAGGGAGCUGCAGAGACGCAAGGAGGAGGAGAUGGAGAGGAGGAGAAGGGAGGAAGAGGAGGCAGCCAGACAGGCUAAGAUAGAGCAAGAAAGAAGAGAGCAGGAAAAUAGGGAGAAAGAGGAAGAGGAAGCACGUCAGAGGAGGCUCCUGGAGGAGCAGAGGGCCAGACAGAGGGAAGAGGAGGAGAGGGAGGCACAAGCUCGGCUCCGAGCGGCCCAGGAGAAAGCACAGGAAGAGGAGAGAAGAAGGAGAGAGGAGGAGGAGGAGGAGAAGAGGAAGAGGGAGGAGGAGGAAGAAAGGAAACGGAAAGAGGAAGAGGAGGAGGAGAGGAGGAGGAGGAGGAAAGAGGAGCAGGACAGAGGAGGACAGCAGCCGGUGUUGGUGGCUCAGCCAUCCUCCAAGCUGACCAUGUAUAGAGCUCUGUACUCGUUUGUGGCCCGAAACACAGACGAGCUGAGUGUGGACGCAGAUUGUCUUAUAGAGGUGGAUGAGCAGACCGUCGGUGAGCCUGGCUGGCUGUGUGGGAGUUACCGUGGAAACAGGGGCUGGUUCCCCCAGAGUUACGCAGAGAAAUAUCCUACCCCGUCUACUACCGAGACUGCCUCUUCUUCACCUGCAAAACUAUCCUGUCCACCACCACCACUACACACAAGAGUCCCAGAUGGGGAGGUAGUGAGUCACAGCACUGUUCCCGACCAAUCAGACGCUUCACAGUCCUCCGUCCCUCUGCUGGCUCGAGCUGUCUCCUCAUGGUCAGGCACUUCAGAAACUCACCUCAGCCUCUCCUCCGGUGCGGGUGACGUCAUCACUGCGCUGCUAGAUCGCCCAGGCAGUCACCACCACCACCGUCGCCCCAACGAUGUAUCAGCUGCGUCUGUCUCCAGGGCAACUGAUUGUGGUCCUGGCCAAGAACUCCACUGGCUGGUGGCUCGGGGAACUGCAGGCUCGAGGCAAGAAGCGGCAGAGAGGCUGGUUUCAUUCCUCUCACGUCAAGCUCCUCGGUCCCUCCAGCAGCAAGUCCUCCCCCUCCCCUCUGCCAGUGUGCCAAGUUAUCGCAAUGUACGACUACACCGCUGCCAAUCGCGAUGAGCUGAGCUUCUCCAAGGGUCAGCUCAUCAGUAUCCUGGACAAAACCAACCCUGACUGGUGGAAAGGAGACGCCAAUGGGGUCACAGGCCUGCUGCCCACCAAUUAUGUCAAGAUGACAACAGAAUCAGACCCCAGCCAGCAAUGUACGGUAGAUUCCUUAUCCAUGUCAGAGCAUGGAAAGACUAACGGGUGUGCUGACCUGAUGACGCUGGACACCAUGACCCCUCAGGAGAGGAAGAGACAAGGUUACAUCCAUGAGCUCAUCCAGACUGAGGAGACCUACGUGGAAGACCUGGAGCUGGUUCUAGAGGUCUUCCAUAAGCCCAUGUCUGAGUCAGGCCGUCUAACAGAAGCUGAGAUGGGAGUGAUCUUUGUUAACUGGAGAGAGCUGAUUAUGUGUAACACCAAAUUACUCAAGGCGCUGCGUGUGCGUAAAAAGACAGGAGGAGAGAACAUGCCGGUUCAGCUCAUAGGAGACCUGUUGGCUUCGGAGCUCGCUCACAUGCAGCCCUACAUCCGCUUCUGUUCCUGCCAGCUCAACGCCGCCGCCCUGCUGCAGAGCAAAACCCACAACCAGCCCGACUUUAAAGACUUCCUCAAGAAGAUAGCCACUAACUACCGCUGCAAAGGAAUGCCGCUGUCCAGCUUCCUCCUCAAGCCCAUGCAGAGGAUCACACGCUACCCCCUGCUCAUUAAGAAUAUCCUGGAGCACACCCCAGAUGGUCAUGCAGACCGCAGCCCACUUAGAGAAGCUCUGGAGCGAGCUGAGGAGCUGUGCUCUCAGGUCAAUGAGGGAGUCAGGGAGAAGGAGAACUCGGACAGGCUGGAGUGGAUACAGAGCCACAUCCAGUGUGAGGGACCUAUAGAGCACUUGGUCUUCAACUCGCUGACUAAUUGCCUCGGGCCCCGCAAGCUGCUCCACAGCGGCCGGCUUUACAAAACCAAAAGCAGCAGGGAGCUGUGGGCUUUCCUCUUCAACGAUUUCCUUCUCCUCACACACAGCGCCAAACCCUUCUCCUCCUCAGGACCAGACAGGCUAUUCAGCCUCAAGGCCAACAUACAGCUGAAGAUGUACAAAACACCACUGUUCCUGAAUGAGGUUUUGGUAAAAAUGCCACCCGACCCCUCCAGCGACGAGCCUCUCUUCCACGUCUCGCACAUCGAUCGUGUCUACACGCUAAAAACGGAGACGUUGAAUGAGAGGACAACGUGGGUCCAGAAAAUCAAAGCGGCGUCUGAACACUUCAUAGAGACAGAGAAGAAAAAGAGAGAGAAGGCCUAUCAAGCUCGUUCUCUAAAGAGCAGCGGUAUCGGCAGACUGCUGGUAACUGUCACUGAGGCCCAGGAGCUCAAAGCCUGUAAACCCAACGGUAAGAGUAAUCCAUACUGUGAGCUGACAAUGGGGGCUCAGUGCUACACCUCCCGACCGGUCAGCGACACUCUGAACCCAAAGUGGAACUUCAACUGCCAGUUCUUCAUCAAAGACCUCUACCAGGACGUCCUGUGUAUCACUGUUUUUGAGAAGGACCAGUUCUCACCAGAUGAUUUCCUGGGUCGCACCGAGGUUCCUGUGGCAACUAUAAAGAAAGAGAUGGAGAGCAAAGGUGCUGCAAAUCGUCGCCUCCUACUGCACGAGGUCCCCACGGGAGAAGUUUGGGUCAAACUAGACCUACAGCUUUAUGAGCCAACAAAAUAACACAGCCACACACACCCUCAGGCACACACCACUUCAUUUUGAAUGAAGAGAGGAUAUUUUGCGUACACAUUAACAGCCGAACAAACCUAAAAGUGCCUAUUUGUAGCAUUGCCAUUUAAAAACUCUGGAUGCCCUGCUCUGAGCCACCCACAUUCAUUUAAGUGACCUCAAACAGAGCGGGAGGAGACCUUGCCAAAAUGAAUGACAUAUGUGCUCAUAAGUAGUCACCUAUCAUGGAAAAAGGGUGUUCUAGAUACCAACAAACCAGCUAAAAUGUGAAUGCAGCUGUCAAUAUUGUCGUGUUCACCACUCGUAAAUGCAAUUACACAAACACGCCUUGAAUUGUAACCAGUUACAUUUAGUAACAUUUUGUCAAACUCAUAUUUACAAAUUUUUACAGAAUAAUAAUUUACUCUUAAUGGAAUACAGUCUUCAUCUGUUUAAGACACACCUCACAUACACUGUUACACAUGCACCUGCCACAUUUAUCUUUUGUUAUGUUGUACAUUUCAAGUGUUGCACACUACUGUAAAAUGUAAUGUCAUGUCAGCUCGAUGGUGUAUCUAUGGGUUUUAAGUAUGCCAUUAAAUCCUGAAAAUGGCAUGAAUAAAAUGUACAUACAGUGA